AUGGACAAGGGUUGGAUUCGGACUUUUCUCAUCCUUCUCCAUCUAAAUGCAGCAAAAGCUGCCAUUGGUGUCGGUGGCAUAGGUGGUGUUGGUGUUGGUGUUGGUGUUGGUGUUGGUAUUGGCAAUGGUGGGGCUAACAGCCCAGGGCCCUCGGGAUCUUCAGUGCCAAAGCUGGAUGGUGCUUACAAAGCUCUUCAGGCGUGGAAAUCUGCAAUUACUGACGACCCAUUGAAGAUUCUAGAUAGCUGGGUUGGUUCUAAUGUUUGUUCUUAUAAAGGGGUGUUUUGUGCAAAUCCUGAGGAUGCAAAUGGAAUUGCAGUGUCAACUGCAACUGGCCCUGUUGUUGUUGCAGGAAUAGAUCUCAACCAUGCAAAUCUCCAAGGAACUCUUGUCAAAGAGCUCUCUUUGCUUGCUGAUAUUACUCUUCUCCACCUCAACAGUAAUAGAUUUACUGGUACAGUUCCUGAUACAUUCAAAGACCUCACCUCUCUGGAAGAGUUAGACCUCAGUAACAACCAACUUUCAGGUCCUUUCCCCACUGUUAUUUUAAACAUGCCAAGCCUCAUCUACUUGGACCUCAGAUUCAACUACUUCUCUGGGGCACUUCCUGAACAACUUUUCAAUAAGAAACUGGAUGCUAUAUUUCUCAACAACAAUCAAUUUGGAGGUGAAAUUCCACAGAACUUGGGUAAUUCCCCAGCAUCAGUGAUAAAUUUAGCCAACAACAAGUUCAGUGGAAACAUCCCAGCAAGUUUUGGCUUCAUGAGUUCUAAACUAAAGGAGAUUCUCUUCCUCAAUAACCAGUUAACAGGUUGCAUUCCUGAAGGGGUGGGGAUCUUAACGGAGAUGCAAGUUUUGGAUGUGAGCUUCAAUUCACUCAUGGGUCAUUUGCCAGACACAAUAUCUUGCUUGCAAGAUAUAGAGGUUCUCAAUUUGGCACAUAACAAGCUUUCAGGAGAAUUAUCUGAUGUGAUAUGCUCUUUGAGAAGCCUAGUAAAUUUAACUGUUGCUUACAAUUUCUUUUCUGGGUUCAGCCAAGAAUGCUCAAGGCUUUUCAAUGUGGGCUUUGAUUUCUCAGAUAAUUGCAUUCCUGGAAGAGACAUGCAAAGACCUCCACCAGAAUGCUCUAUAAUCCCAGGUGGUAGCCUCAAUUGUCUAAGAAUCCCUACUCCAAAACCUCUUAUUUGUAGUGCACUGGCUGCUGCAAGUGCCUCUGAACACCCAAAUCACCGAUCAUCAUCUCCCUGA